AUGGCUUUCCUCUCAGGAUGUGUCCUUGCUGUCCCAGGAUUUUUACUCAUCAUGGUGGGGCUAAUGGAGGCUGCUUCUGUCCGCUCAUCAUGCCCCCCUGGUUGGUUCUUCUACAGAUCACACUGCUAUGCCGUCAGCAAGAAUCCAGCGAAAUGGGCUGAUGCAGAGUAUGACUGUGGAAGUUAUGGACAUGGAGCUCAUUUAGCCUCCGUCAUGGAUGAUUCUGAGGCAGCAAUCAUUGCAAGUCACGUGUCUGCUAGCCAGGACUCAGAAGGAGUAUGGAUAGGGCUGCAUGACCCUGACAAGAAUGGCCACUGGAAAUGGACAGAUGGAUCCAUGUUCAAUUAUCGCGCCUGGAAAGCUGGCCUUCCAGAUAACGCCAAAGGAAAAGAAUUUUGUGUGGUGCUAGUCAGUGGAUCAAAAUAUAAGAAAUGGAAUGAUGUUGGAUGCGGAGGACUCAAGAACUAUGUCUGUAAAUUCAAACCUUGA